UUGGAAAAAAAUUGUCGCGUCGGUUUUUUUUUUUUUUUUUCUUUAAAAAACCAUUUAUUUAUUAUCUAAGCAAAAGAAACUGAAGCUUGUUCAACAAGCUUCUUGCUUUUUUCUUUUUGAAACGAAAAAUAACGACAAGUCAAAUAAAAACUUGUCUUUUAACUAAAAUAUUAAAAAAAGUGAAAAAAUACAAAUAAAACUUAUAAGUUUUUUUUUUGGUUUAGUUUUAAAACGAAAAACUCUGGCAAUUGUUUUUGUGUAUGUGUGUUCUACAAGUUAAUAAGAAAAUAAAACGAAAAAUAAAAUUUUCAAACAUUCUUAUAUCCGUUUCCGUUUGUUUGUUAUAAAUUCUCGUCUUUUUUUCUCUGCUGUUUUAAUGUUUGAAACUUAAAACCGGAAGUUGAUACGCUAAAGCAUCAUCAGCAAACAAACGAAUAUUGUGAACAGUAGAAUCCUUGUCGUCGUCAUCAUCAUCAGCAACAGCAACAUCGUCCUAGUCGUCGUCAUUAAUAUUGUCAUCAGCAUAAAUCCAACAAACCAACCAACCCGACAAUCAACAACUUCAAGGAUUAACAGUGUUUUGUGACUUUUUUCUCUUUUUAUCCCGUAACAAAUGAUGUUCUUUCGCUUUACGCUGUUAACAGCGCUGUUAGCGUGCUCAACGCAUGCCAUACAGAUCAAACCUUCUUAUGGACCACCACCACAACGUCUGCCUCAUCGUGAGUAUGGUGUACCCCAACAGAUGCCCUUCCGUGAAUAUGGACCACCAGCUUUGAAAUAUGGACCUCCCAAAUUGAACUUCAUUGGCGGUGGCGGCUCUUCGUCUUCGGGUUUGCAUGAACAAAUCAAAAACCAUUAUGGAGCUCCCAAACCUUUCUAUGGACCUCCCCAUAAGCCUCAACAGCAGUAUGGUCCUCCUCCAACACAGCAAUAUGGUCCACCACCACCAAAACCGGGCAAUAAUUAUGGACCACCACCACAAAAAUUGCAACAUAAACCAGCUCCCUCUUAUGGACCACCCAAGCUUCAGUAUGGACCUCCACCACCACAAGCCUUGCCUUUGUACCAACCUGCCCCACAAUUUAAGCCUCAACAUCAACCAGCCACCUCUUAUGGACCACCACCCUCGGGACCUUUGAACAUACCACCCAAGCAGAUUUAUGGUCCACCGCCACCAAACUAUGGACCACCACCAUUGCCCAAUUUCAAUCGUGUACCUGAGACCACUAUUAUUCAAUCGGGUUCCCAAAAUUCCCAAAGUCAUCAUCAACAAAGCCAACAUCAUCAACAGCAACAACAACAAGUUCAAAUACAAAUUGAUGCCUCUGGUCAUACUCACUCCGUAGCAGGAUCUCAAGCUCCCUUCCACACUGCCUGUGAUGGUUGGAAACCCAUUCCUGCUCCUGUAGGAUCUUAUGUCGAAAACAAUCAUAUUGAUACUCAAUCUGGUUACAGUCAUGUUGCCCAAGGUUCUUCUCAUUCGUCAGCUGCUUCUUCCUUCUCUACCACUCAGUACAGUGGUGGAGCAAGUGCUACCGGUCAUGCUAGUAUUGGUGCUACUGGUUCUGGUUCUACUGUCUUGGUUAGCGGUUCCGGUUCGGGUGGUAGCAGUAUUAUUGAUGGUUUAUCUGAUGAACAAUUAGUAGCUGUAGCUUUGCAAUCGGGUAGUUUGGAUGGCGAUAAUGUAGUGCAACAACAAGAUGUUUUACCCUCGACUGGACCAGCAGGAGACUUUAAUCAACAUGGUUUGAAUUCUAUAGAAGCUGAAGCCUUGCAGCUCUCUUUGGGUUCCAUUGAUGACUCCUAUAGCAAACCUCCUUCCGAUUCUUAUGCUCCUGGCUCCAAGUAUGCACACAAAUUCCAACAGCAGUCUAAUUCUCACAGCAGUUUUGGCAUUAGCGGAUCUGGCGGUAACUUUGGACCUCCACCACCACCCAAUGGCAAAUAUGGUCCACCACCACCACCCAGUGGUAACUAUGGCCCUCCACCACCCCCGAAUGGCAACUAUGGUCCCCCACCACCACCUAAAGGCAACUAUGGUCCACCACCACCACCCAGCGGUAACUAUGGUCCUCCACCACCACCACCCAGUGGCAACUAUGGUCCUCCACCACCCUCCGGUCCAGGUGCUGCUGCUUUUGUUCACCAUCAUGCUCAAGCCGGUUUAGGUAUUCAAUAUGGCAAACAAUCCGGCAAUUUGGCAAACUUCCCUGUCCAUGGCGGUGCUCAGCCCAGCAAACCUGUAGCCUUUAGACCCCCAGUGCCUCAAGGACUUUUCGAAACUAUCGGCGCCACUGUUCAACAUUUAGAUAAAUUUGGUGUUAAGCCUAAUGUUCAAGCACCCACUUAUAUUCCUCCCGCCGCCAAUGAAAUUCCACAAACAGGUCCUGGUAAUUUGAAUAUUGAAUAUGGUGUGCCACCACAACAGCAGCAACAACAACAAAUACCUCAUGAUAUCAUUGAACAACAAUUGCCCCAACAACAGCCGCCACAAGUUUUUGUACAAAUUGAACAGCAACAACAACAUAAUCACCAACAACAGCAAGAACAACAUCAUCACCAACAACAACAACAACAACAUUUCCAACAGCAACAACAACAACAUUUCCAACAGCAGCAACAACAAUUUGGUAAUGCUCAUGCUGAAUAUGGCGUGCCUCCACCACCACCACAACCUCAAUAUCUACCUCCCGCACCACCAGCCGAACAAUACUUGCCACCUACAGGUCCUUCACAACAACAAUUCAACGGUGGUGCUACUUAUACCUCAAGUGCCUCCGCUACAUUUGAUAGCACAGCCUAUGCUGCCUCUCAGUACAAUAACGAAAUUAUACAUGCCCAAGCUUUACCUUUGCAACAAGAACAACCCCGUUUCCAUGAUUGCGGACACGGACCCAAUCUAGUAGGAGGUGGUGCCAAUUUUAACUACCAACAACAGCAACAACAACAACAAUAUUCAUCGGGAUCCAGCACUUCCAUUGCCCAGAGCAUUCCUGUAGCUGAACAGCAUACACAAUUCAUCUCAGGACCCGCCUCCAGUUAUGGUCCCCCACCUUCCGGUGGUAAUGAACUUGAUCAUAUUGGUUAUGCCUCUGAAAAGUCUCAAGUUACCGCUUUGCCUGAUGGCACCAAUCCUGAAGGUUUACCCGGUUUAGAUGGUCUUAAUGUACUCUCUGCCCAAAAGUCGCAAGCCAUACAUUUCAGCCAUGAGGAACACACCACCAACAAUGGCCAAACCUAUCAAGUACAAUUUGGUGGUAAUGGUGAACAGUCCGCUAAUCAUGAGGAAAUCUUAUCUUCUGGUCUCUUACAAACCAUUCUCAAUGCUGUCGAACAACCCCAACAGCAACACCAACCUUUGCCGGCCAAUCACAAGGCCGAAAGUAGAUCAGAUAUUGAUAUCCAUGAUGAACCUAUAGAGGCCGAAGAUGAAAAUGAACCGGGUGUAGCUCCUCAAGAAUCCAAUAAGGUUGAAGUAAAAGUACGCCCCGAUGAUGAGAAAGAAACUCCCGCCGACGUUAAGGAAAUUGAUCCUAUUGUGGUAAAAGAGGAGAAUGAAGCUAAACAUUAAUUCUCACAAAAGUGUGUUAAAGAGAAAAUAUAAGAGAGUCGGGAAAACUCUCUUCAGUCACUAUUAACUUUCUCUUCUAGUUACUUUUUCUUCAAAUUUUUCGUUUCAAAUCCAUUAUUUUUAUUUAUUUCAUUUUAGUUUUUGCCCUUUUAAUUUAAGCUCAUUAUUUUAACACAAAUACUAGUAAUUUUAUUUAUUUCUCAUUAUAAAUAUGUCGUUAUUAUUUAAGUUAAAUACAUAUUUUAUUUUAGUUUCAAAUUUGAAAAUAAAUUUUCUAUUUGAAAGUUGCCAUAAAGAUUAAAUAACUUCUAACGUAAACAUCAAACGUUACAAAAAACUUCUUGUCCCUUUUUAUAUUGUAUUGUGUAUAAAAAUUUAUUUAUUUAUACUUUAUUAGUUGUGUAAAUCUCUCGAGUUUACAUAUCACGUAAUAAUUGCUAUAAAUUAAUAAUAACUAUAUUAAUCCUUAAGGGAAUUUGUAGAAUAUUUAUGAAAUUUAAAAUAAACAAAUAUUGUAAAAAAAUUGUGAAACAACAUUAUUAUUAUGUUAU